UAUGUUUCAAAAAAAAAAAAAAAAAAAAAGAAAGAAACAAGACAAUCCUUCCCUUAUCACACGCCUUAUAACAUUAAUAAAAAUAAAUAAAUAUAAAAAAAAAGAAAAAAAAGUAAGAACCCCAACAAUGAUAAUUGCGGUAAGGCCUUUGUAUAUUCCGUCAUUAUUUUCCCUAAAAUCAAAAUAUCCCACCAAAUUUCUUUACCUAAAUUUUAGUAAAUUAACCUUUGCUUAACUUUAUUUAUCAAAUUUUCCUUUUAUACUAUCACCAUAAGCAAUCUAAAAAGUCAAAUUAUUAGGAAUAAUACUACUAAAUUUCAGGAACGAAACAGAGGAAAAACACGAAGAAAAAAGCUUGGAUUUAGCCGAAUAUUUUUUUUUUGGAGUACGUCUCAAUGUUCAAGGUGACAAUUUUGUCAAAGGAAAACCAUUCAAGUGCUACUACUAACUUAAGAGCACUAGCACAAGGUCCGGAUCGUGCAGUGAUAUCUUUAACUGGCUACAUGGCUAAUGGAUUUAUGUUUCGUACCAAGGACAGUGAAAGGACAAGAGAAACACAAAAUAGUGGGAUUGUUGUGAAUGGAGAAAGUGGAUCAUCAACCCUUAACUAUUACGGCCUCUUACAAGAAAUCAUAGAAGUUCAAUAUAUAGGAGGAAAUCGUGUUACUUUGUUUAAGUGUGACUGGUGGGAUGUGCACAGUUGGUCAAGGGAUCAAUGCUGACUAUUUUGGCUUCAUAAACGUAAAUACAUCAAAGUUGUUAGCUAAUGAUCCAUAUAUUUUAGCUACACAGGCUCGCCAAGUAUUUUAUGUGAAUUAUGUUUCAAAGCCUAAUUGGAAGGUUAUAAUUGAGACCACGCCAAGAAACUCAUAUGAUGUCCCAGAGCUCAAUGAUCAUGACGGAACUAAUCAUAUGGAUACUAUGUAUCAAUGACCCUUUUAUUAUUAUUGUUUUUUUUUUUUGUUUUUGUUGUUAACAAUUUUUUUAUCUUGUUCUUUUUUUUUUUUUUUUUUAUUUAAUAAUAAGUAUUGUUGUCGUUUAAUCUAUAAAUUCCUACUUUACACAAUGAUUUUUUUUUUUUUUAAUAUAUUAUCAUGAUUCGAUUUAUUCACAUACAUUUAUUUUUUUUAGCUUUGAUUUCUAAUAUUUAUUUUACAGGUAUUUAUAUUUUUUUUAGUUCUAAUAUGAUAGGCACAUCUAAAGAAUGAU